AUGUCGCUCAAUCCAUUAUCUGUGAUCUUGAAAGAAAACAAACUCGAAGGGCCAAAUUAUGUAGACUGGAAACGUAAUUUGGAUAUUGUUCUCAUAGCUGAUGAUUAUAAGUUUGUGCUGGAUACCGAUUGUCCUGCUAAACCCACUGAUAACGCUUCAGAGGAAGAGAAGGCCGUGUAUAAGAAAUGUAUGAAAGGAAAUGAGAUGGCGAAGUGCUACAUUUUGGCUUCUAUGUCAAAUGUGCUUCAACAUCAGCAUCAUUCCUAUCAAUUUGCUUAUGAAAUCAUGGAGAACCUUCAAUCCCUCUUUGGAACUCAGAGUCGAUCUGCUAGAUCUUUUGCAAUCAGGAGUCUCAUGAAUAAGACUAUGAAGGAGGACACACCAGUCAGGGACCAUGUCCUUGAAAUGAUACGCCACCUCAAUCAAAUUGAGGUCUUGGGAGGAUCAAUAGAUGUGGAUUCCCAAGUGGACAUAAUACUCCACAGUCUUCCAGCAAGCUUUCAGCAGUUCAAAGUCAACUAUGAGAUCACUAAGCAAGACCUCAACUUGGCUGAACUUCUAACUGAGCUUCAGAACGCUGAAAGCAUUUAUGCUCAAGCUAAGCAAGCUAUAUUGGUUGACCGCGCCUCCGGUUUCAAGGUCACUAGACCAAGAAAGGAUGGCAAGGCAGAGCAAGUCACCAAAGGGUUGAAGGCAAAGAUGGGCAAGAAAAACUAG